AUGGCCUCUAAAGAUUCACAGAAUCAAAGAGGUCAAAGUCUUCCUCGUUUUCUUCCUGGAGCACCAGACCUGGAUGGCAGCCUUGCCACCUCCCAUACCAACCCAGAGCACCAAAUCUGGCAACCACAUCGCUCUCUGCCUGGCAGUGUCCCUCCUGGUCUCGAAUACUUAAGUCAGUUAGAUCUGAUCAUUAUACAUCAGCAGGUGGAACUCCUUGGAAUGAUACUUGGUACAGAGACCACCAACAAGUAUGAGAUUAAAAACAGCCUGGGUCAAAGGAUAUACUUUGCGGUGGAAGAAAGCAUCUGUUUCAAUCGCACCUUCUGUUCCACCCUUCGCUCCUGCACUCUUCGGGUCACAGACAACUCAGGUCAAGAGGUAAUCAUUGUCCACAGGCCCUUGAGAUGUAACAGCUGCUGGUGUCCUUGCUAUUUACAAGAGUUAGAAAUAGAAGCCCCUCCUGGUACAACAGUUGGCUAUGUUGCACAGAAGUGGGACCCCUUCCGGCCUAAAUUCACAAUCCAAAAUGCUAACAAAGAAGAUAUUUUGAAAAUUGUUGGUCCUUGCACAACAUGUAGCUGUUUUGGAGAUGUGGAUUUUGAGGUGAAGACCAUUGAUGAAAAGCUGACUAUUGGCAAGAUUUCUAAGUACUGGUCGGGAUUUGUAAAUGGUGUCUUCACAAAUGCUGAUAAUUUUGGGAUCCACAUGCCUGCAGACCUUGACGUGACCCUCAAAGCAGCAAUGAUUGGUGCCUGUUUUCUCUUUGAUUUUAUGUUCUUUGAACAUUCUUUGGCUGGAUUAUGA